AAUGCAACACCACAAUUCAACACAAUCAAAACAAGGUAGUCUCCCUAGCUGGCUAGAUUUAGACAGAGAUAAACUCGUUGAAGAUUAAUUCUGUUGCUUUUGGCAACAUAAACAUGCUGUUGGUAAUGUAAGUCAACCCCGGAGAGUGGCUGCAAAGGAAGUGCAUUCUUACAGAAAGCGCUUCUCUAGCGUGGCCAGCCCUCACUAUGAAGACGAACAAGUCCUACAAACUGGUGCUCCACAAGAAAGGCUUUGGGGGGAGCGACGAUGAGCUGAUGGUGAACCCCAAAGUGUUCCCUCAGGUGUCCAUCGGGGACAUUGUUGAGAUCGCACACCCCAAUGAUGAGUACAGUCCCCUCCUGCUGCAGAUGAAGAGCCUGAAAGAAGACCUCCAGAAAGAGACCAUCAGUGUGGAUCAGACGGUGGCUCAGGCCUUUAAGCUCCGUGCCUACCAGGACGUCGUCAUCAACAUCGUGGAUCCCAAGGAUGUGACUCUGGAUCUUGUGGAGCUGACCUUCAAAGACCAGUAUAUUGGACGAGGCGACAUGUGGAGACUGAAGAAGAGUUUGGUGAGCACAUGUGCAUAUGUGACCCAGAAAGUGGAGUUUGCUGGGAUAAGGGCCCAGGCCAGUGAAUUGUGGGUAAAGGGAGAGAAGGUGACCUGCGGCUACAUCAGUGAAGACACCCGGGUGGUGUUUCGCUCAACCUCGGCCAUGGUGUACAUCUUCAUCCAGAUGAGCUGUGAAAUGUGGGAUUUUGAUAUCUAUGGUGACCUGUAUUUUGAGAAGGCAGUCAAUGGUUUCCUCUCUGACCUGUUUGCUAAAUGGAAGGAGAAGAACUGCAGCCAUGAAGUGACCGUGGUGCUCUUCUCCCGCACGUUCUACAACGCCAAAUCCAUGGAUGAGUUCCCAGAGAUAUUGAGGGGGUCAAUCAGACAGGACCAUGAGGGGCGCUUCUAUGAGGAUUUCUACAGGGUUGUGGCACAGAAUGAGAGGAGGGAGGAGUGGACGUCUCUCCUGGUCACCAUCAAGAAGCUCUUCAUUCAGUACCCUGUGCUAGUGAGGCUGCAGGGAGCAGAUGAUUUUCCUAGCGGAUACAACUCCACUGCAGCUCAAGGAAAUUAUCUGGAGGCCAUCAACCUCUCAUUCAAUGUGUUCGACAAGCACUUCAUCAACCGCAACUUCGACCGCACGGGGCAGAUGUCCGUGGUCAUCACGCCGGGCGUGGGCGUGUUCCAGGUGGACCGGCUGCUGAUGAUCCUCACCAAGCAGCGAAUGAUCGACAACGGUAUCGGUGUGGAUCUGGUGUGCAUGGGAGAGCAGCCUCUCCACGCUGUACCACUGUUCAAGCUGCACAAUCGCACGGUACCCGGGGACUCCAGACUGGGAGACGACUACAACCUCCCUCACUGGAUCAACCACAGUUUCUACACGUCCAAAAGCCAGAGCUCCUGCAGCUGCUUCACCCCACGAAUCAAACUGGCUGGCCACAAGGUCCUUUCGGAAAAAUUCAAGAGCAACAAAGACCACACCCUGGGGGCCCCGAAGGACUCUGAGAACAGCUUGCCCAUCCAGGUGGACUACGAUGCCCACGAUGCCCAGGUGUUUAGGCUGCCCGGGCCCUCUCGAACUCAGAGGAGCACCAAUUUCAGAGCUAGUAUUAGAUACACCGCCCACACCCUGUCCCUCGGCGGCCUGAAGGAGAGCGACACGCCUUCUUCAAGCCGUCUCGUCUCAUGCUCGUCUUCCGUGAUUCCAAGGUGCCCGAGGGCGGUGAGGGAGAGAGAGACCAGCGGGAGGAAGAGCUGGGGGUCGGUGGACGUGAGCGGGGGUGGGGCCGGGGGCGGGACCGGGGGCGGAGCCUCCCCUCCAGCCCGCACGGUUGGCCCAGACGAGCAGAGGAGCCUGGCGUCGGACGACAGCCUGGGAAAAGUGUCCAACAUCCUGCUGAUCCCACGCCUGCCCCCCGCCCAGUACGAGGUCAGCAGCUCCCUGGGGUACACCAGCACCCGAGAGUUGUUGGAGAAGAUGAUGGAGUCUCAGAGGGACUCCAGUGCCCCAGGGCGCUUCACGGUGGGCAGUGCGGAGUCCACGCUCCACGUGCGCCCGGGCGGGUACACCCCCCAGAGAGCCCUCAUCAACCCCUUCGCCCCGUCACGCAUGCCCAUGAAGCUCACCUCCAACCGCCGCCGCUGGAUGCACACCUUCCCUGUGGGGCCUUCUGGGGAGGCCAUCCAGAUCCAUCACCAGACACGGCAGAACAUGGCUGAGCUGCAGGGCAGUGAACAGAGAGACCCCGCCCACACCUCCGCCGAGCUGCUGGAGCUGGCCUAUCACGAGGCUACCGGCAGGAGGACAGCGUUGCGUCAGAUGGGCGAGAGUGGCUUCUACACAAACACAGGGACUGAUGAGUUCAGUGAGAGCCCAGCCAAAAGCAACGGCACCGAAACACCAAUGAACCGCGGCUCCUCGUUUGAAGACUCCUCUGCCAGCAGCCCAGACCCAACCCUACUGCUGUCUGCUCCGCCCACAGUGCCCAGCUUCUGCUGCACAGUGGGGGUGGACUGGAAGUCCCUGACCACGCCCGCCUGCCUGCCCCUCACCACAGACUACUUCCCCGACCGGCAGGCCCUGCAGAACGACUACACCGAGGGCUGCUACGACCUGCUUCCCCACACCGACCUGGACAGACGGGAUGACGAGGGUCCAGUGAUGACGGCCCCUCAGGUUUUUGAGGAGUUCAUCUGCCAGCGGCUGAUGCAGGGCUACCAGAUCAUCGUCCAACCCAGCAACAGGAAGACCCCUCCCUCUGUGGCCCCGCCCCUCAGCAGCAGCCCUCUGUACACAAGAGGGCUGGUGUCUCGGCGCAGACCGGAGGAGGAGGAGGAGAGUGUGUUCUGGCUCAGUAUGGGCCGCACCUUCCACAAGGUCUGCCUGAAGGACAAGAUCAUCACCGUCACGCGCUACCUGCCCAAGUACCCCUACGAGUCGGCGCAGAUCCAGUACAGUUACAGCCUGUGCCCGCCCCACUCUGACGCCCACUUCAUGUCCUGCUGGGUGGAGUUUGGGCACGAGCGGCUGGAGGAAUACAAGUGGAACUACCUGGACCAGUACAUCUGCUCUGCUGGAUCAGAGGACUUCAGCCUGAUCGAGUCUCUGAAGUUCUGGCGCACGCGCUUCCUGCUGCUCCCUGCGGGGGGCGCUCGGCGGGUGGCGGAGGUGGAGGGGCGCUGGGACGUGUACGGGGAGGGCCCGGGGGCGGGCCGUGAGGGGCCGGGGGACUGGGCCCUGCUGGACGGAUUCAUCCGCUUCCUGGAGGGGCUCAACCGCAUCCGCCGGCGGCACCGCUCCGACCGCAUCAUCAGGAAAGGGGCAGCCCUAAAGGGCCUCCAGGUGUCUGGUCCCCUGGCUGUGUACCCUCCCGAGCCCACAGCGCCCCCUCAGGGCAAGAAGGGAACUUCAGCGCUGUCAGCCCUGCUGGAAAUGGAGGCCAAUCACAAGAGUCUAGAGGAGCAGCAGGCUGCACUCUUCACAGGGAAAUCUGCCGUGCCCCCGACCGACUCCGUGGCCAUCUCCAUGGCGACCUACGUGGACAGCCCCCGGAAGGAUGCCGCCUUCUUUCUGGACUUUGUCCGUAGCCCUCGUUCGUCCUACAUCUAUCACUCUCAGAUGCCAGUCGAUCAGGCAGCAGCCAAUCCUGCGGAGAGUGGGACUGCAGACAAGGGGGCUGGCCAGGCAGGGAGCGUGGCAGCAGGCUACACCUACCCAGGAGCUGGGUCUGUCGCACAGGUCACCGGGGAGGUGUCCACAACACCUGGGGGCACCUCAGAGAACAGUGGGCAGUCGGGUACUGGGGGCUCCAGUCUGUCCUCCUCCUCCACUUUAAUGGAGAUCCUGGAGGCCAUCAAGCACCCCACCACCGGAGUGCAGCUAUUAUCUGAACAGAAGGGGCUGGGCCUCCAGUGCAUCAUCAGUGCCGAGGUCGUCCAUUGGCUGGUUAGCAAUGUUGAGGGCGUGGCCACACAGGGCAUGGCUGUGGACGUCAUGCAGAAAAUGCUGGAUGAGGGACUGAUAGCUCACGCCUCCGGUGACGCCAUGCGCAUCUUCAUCUACGGCUUCUACUUCUACAGGAUCGUGACUGAGAGAGACCCUGAACGAGGCCCGGUGGCUCAGCUGCCGUCGUCGGGGGCCGGGGUGUGGUCCCCGGCGGCUGUGGAGGACUUCGCCCUGUUCCAGAGGAAGUGGUUUGAGGUGGCCUUCCAGCUGGAGGAGCGGCGGCCCUGCGACCUUCCCGCCUUCCUGUUGCCGUGGCUGCCCAGCCGGCCGGCCUCGUACGCAAGUAGGCACAGCUCCUUCAGCCGCAGCUUCGGGGGACGCAGCCAGGCCGCAGCACUGCUAGCCGCCAGCGUGCCCGAGCAGAAGACCGUCACGCUGGACGUGGACGUGAACAACCGCAGCAGCCGCACCGAGUGGUGCAGCUGCUACUACCACGGCACCUUCUCCCCCUGCGCCGCCUUCGAGAUCAAGCUGCACUGGAUGGCCGUGACCGCCGCCGUGCUGUUCGAGAUGGUGCAAGGCUGGCACAGGAAGGCGGCGUCGUGUGGCUUCCUGCUAGUUCCUGUCCUGGAGGUACCCUUCGCCCUGCCCUCCUAUCUCUAUGGAGACCCGCUGCGCGCCCAGCUCUUCAUCCCCCUGAACCUGCAGUGUCUGCUACGAGAGGGCAGUGACAACCUGUUCGAGGGUUUUGAACCCGAGACGUACUGGGACAGAAUGCAGCUGUUUCAGGAAGCCAUACUCUACAGGUUUGGUUUCGUUCAGGACAAGUUCUCAGCCUCAGCUUUCAACUUCCCCUCAGAGAACAAGCCUCAGUACAUCCAUGUGACAGGUACGGUGUUCCUGCAGCUGCCGUACUCCAAGCGGAAGUACUCGAGCGGGCAGCAGCGCAGGCGGAGGAACUCCACCACCUCGGCCAAUCAGAGCCUGUUUGGCGCUGACGAGCAGGUGGGGUACAGCUGGGCUUACAACACCAUGCUGACCAAGGCCUGGCGCACCGGCCUCCUGGGAGACGAACGGCUGGCCGACCGGCUGCUCCGCGACUUCACCGACUUCUGCGCCAACAAGGACGGCCGGCUCGCCGCCUUCUGGGACAGCUGCCUGGAGAAGAUGAACGCCAGCGCCCCCUAAAGGGCCGGAGGCUCCGCCAACCACGACUGAAAAACUGUCGCACUUUGCCCCCUCCCCCAAAUCAUGUGAAUAAAUAUGAAGGUUAAUUUA